AUGGCAGGGAAGGAAGAGUGGCAGAGAUUAGCUGACAUCAUCCAACAUUGGAACAACACCCGACUGGACCUGUUUGAGAUCAGUCUGCCAUGCAAGAACUUAGAGUUCCAUGGAGUAAUGCGGUUCUACUUUGAGGACCACAUUGCAGGGAACGUUGCCACCAAGUGCCUGCGUAUCACCAGCACCACCACCACUGGAGAGGUUAUUGAAACACUGUCAGAGAAGUUCAGACCGGACAUGAAGAUGUUGAAUACUCCCUAUUUCCUGUUUGAGGUCCAUGCUAACAAGGAACGGCAGCUGGACCUGAGUGAAAAGCCUCUGGUUGUGCAGCUGAACUGGAACACACACAACAGGGAGGGCCGCUUCGUACUCAAGAAGGAUAAGGACAUUAUUGACAACAGCCCAGAGAAAAAGAAGGGAGGCAUGAUCCAGAACUUCAAGAGGACACUGUCGAGGAAAGAGAAGAAGAAGGAGAAGAAGAAGACGGGAGAUGAUGCUGUUAACCACUCGGCAAAGCCUAAUGGGUCCACUAUGAGGAAAGAGAAUGGGCAGAUAUCAACCUCUGUACCUGUGGAGAAGUCCUGGACCAACAAGGAUAUUGUUUCUAACCCUGACACAACAGAAUGCAAGAAAAGUUCCACGUGGCGAGGCAUGGUCCGGAAGCAUAACCAGCAACAAGACUAUGGAACAAGGAAUGAAAGAGAUCAGGACAACAUGGACCAACUUGCACUUCCAGUUGGUAUUAAAUUCAGGGAAAAUUCUGAGGACCCCUUCCUCUCUGCAGUCAUCAACUACACCAACAGUUCCACUGUCCACUUCAAGCUCUCCCCUGCCUACGUCCUGUACAUGGCCGGACGCUUCGUCCUCCACCGCCAUUAUAGUCACAGUCAGGAGACAUCACAGAGUCAUCGCCCCUCAGAGCACGCACACAGAGUCACCGCUACUGUCAACAAGAUGGUAGCCAUGACUGAGAUGGUCAUCCAGAAGCAGAAGUCCAUAGGUGGUGCUGUAGCCUUCUGGAUAGCCAAUACCUCAGAGCUCCUGAACUUCCUAAAGCAGGACAGAGAUCUAAGCCCCAUCACUCUGCAGGCUCAGGAGAACCUGGCACACCUGGUGUACAAAGCUUUCAAGUGUUUGACUCAGUGUCUGCUGGCUGAUCUGAGCAGACACUUGCCAGAGUUCCUUAUUUAUCCUGAGGGGAGUCAAUCACCUGCAGGAAUAGAGGGCGUACUGCAAACCUUGAUGGGUGCCAUGUCUCUGCUGCGUCGCUGUCGAGUCAACGCUGCCCUCACCAUCCAGCUGUUCUCCCAACUCUUCCACUUCAUCAGUGCCUGGCUCCUCAACAGGCUGCUGAGCCCCAGCCCCCAGGGAGAGGCCUGCUCCCUGGGCCUUAGGUCCCACUACUGGGGGGCCACCCUCCGCCAGAGGCUUAGCCUGGUGGAGGACUGGGCAGAGAGGCAAGGUCUGGAGCUGGCCGCAGACUGCCACCUCAGCCGCAUCAUACAGGUAACAAUGCUGUUGACCAUGAACAAGUAUUCCAUGCAAGAUUCGGAGAACAUCCAGAAUACCUGCUUCAAGUUAAACUCCUUGCAGCUUCGAACACUGAUGACAAGCUACCUCUACGAUACCAACGAGCCCCGCAUUGCCCCUGGUGUAAUUGACAGGGUGGUGGCGGCUGCAGAAGCCAGUACUGAUGAGUUGUUGCGUAGUGAAGGGCAGGACCUCCAGCUGGAGGAGGGGCCAGACCUCCACCUGCCCUUCCUGCUCCCUGAGGAAGGCUACUCCUGUGACACGGUCAAUGGCAUCCCGCAGGGCUUCAGAGAGUUCCUGGAACCUAUCUGCCGCAAAGGCCUCUGCACUCUGAUGUCUCACCCCCAGUCUGGUGGCACCUGGACCAUCUUCUUCAACCGAGCAAACUAUCUAUUCUCUGUUUCUUUCAUUUAGCCACUGCAUAGAGAACUUGAGGUUGUGACUAUUACACUGACGAAACCCUUGAACAGUGGAAUAGGGGUCAGCAUCGUGGCGGCCAAGGGAGCAGGACAAGACAACCUUGGGAUUUACGUCAAGUCUAUCGUCAAAGGAGGACCAGCAGAAAUGGAUUGCAGGUUAACUGCUGGGGAUCAGUUGCUGUGUGUGGAUGGACACAGUCUCGUGGGCCUCUCACAGGAAAGGGCAGCAGGCAUAAUGAUGCACACUGGGUCAGUUGUGACUUUACAGGUUGCCAAGCAGGGGGCAACAUGCCAUGGUCUGGCUGCCUUGCUAGAUGAACCACCUUCAGUAUCAACUACAGCUUUGGAUGGUAGUGGCCCCACCAGCAGCAGCCAUGCUAAGCCGAACGGCAAGGCCCUGAUCGUGUAUGAUGACAUGGAGCAGAGCUCUGGGCCCUCAGGACUAUGGGGUAAUAACUCCCAUGGAGGGAACAGGAGACAGAGAGAACAGACCCUGCUGAAGAACAGACAGCUAUACCGCUCCAACCCUAACAUGAUCAGCCCAGAAGGAGAACCAGUUGACCCAGCCAUCCCAACAGACAGUAAAAUCACUGCAGUCUCCACCAGCAACCUUCUGUGCUCUGAUAUGUACCAAAGGGAAUACCUGACUCUACCAGCCCCUAGGUCUCAGGACAAGAAGACAGUAGCCUUUGAACUCCCACCUCAGGAGCCCAGAGUCUCGUUUAAUCUAGAUGGACAGAUCUCCAACAAGAGGACCUUGAUGCGGCAGGCCCUUUCACAGGAGAAUUUGUGCAUGGAGAAUGAUCGCCCCCUAGUGGACAAUAUACAUAAUGCAUGGAACCAGAACCAGCAGGAAAGCUACUACACCUCUUUUCCUAUGAAGCCUAGCAUCUCUACCCACGACAUACAUUACAACCAUACUGUCAGCCUCUCCACUAAGACCCAACCGAGCCGCCACAACACACUGUAUGGCUACUGGAGAACUCCUACGUCACACGACCCUUCGUCUGCCAUCCAGCCAAUACACAUAGACAUCCCUGCUACACGGCUUUCCAACACCCAGCCGCGCAGUCCAAUGACUACCUUCCAAAAAACUCCCACUCUACUGCCCGUGAAGAUGAACCAAAACCCUGAGGGUAAAGGCCAGGGACAAGCCCUCCUCAGCAAUCAAAAACAGCAGUCUCAUUAUCAACUGCCAGCCCAGCAUCGCCAAGCUACAUGUCCUCCUCCAUCCUCUGUGUCCAUGAGGCAACCUCAGCCCUCACUCUCAUCCUCACAGAAGAUCCAACAACAACAAGCCUUGAGGAGGGUGCAAACAGCGACGUCCCAACUGUUCCCGACCCAGUCAAAAGACACAUCCCUCCAGAGACCUCCAGCUAAACCACAACCAGGGACCACCCCAGGACAUCAGGACCAAUACUUCAGCAUGAAUAAAGAGCCACCAUCAGAAGGCAACAAAAGUCUGUCUCCAGACCCAUGGAAGAGGGAUGCAUGGGAGAAGCAGCAGAAGCAGCAGAGACUACAGGUGGUCGACCUGUUGGAACAGGAGAUCCAGGAUCUGCAGGCUAAAGCCCAGCUCACACCAGAGGAGACCGACAGGCUCCGUAGGCUCAACCUGGAGUGGCAAUUUCAACAGAGACUGCAGGAGUUCCAACAGAAUGGAAACGAUGAUGAUGAUGAUGAUGAGGAUGAUGAUGAAGAAGAAGAUAGAGACACGUCAACAGGAGAAAAUGUUCAAGAGUCGAAUGAACUCAACGUAAACUUUGAUGAGAAGUCCUCGAAAGAAGGCCAGAAAGAGAACAACUUCAAAGGUGACGCAACACCUGAGAAUCUCACAUUUAAGGAGCGCCAACGUCUCUUCUCCCUCGGAUCAAACGCCUCCAUCAAAGUCAAAGCCUUGUAAGAUGAGGAUCCUGAGAAGAUGGCCUCAACAUUCGAUCAAGGCUCAUCGAUCAAGGCUCAACCUUUUUAUAAGCUACAGUAGAAACCAAUCAGAAAAUAUUAGAAUUGAUAUUAUAAUCUAUAUUCUGUAGAAAAAUGUGGACUAUCUUUGUGAUUUUUGCAUAUUUACUUCUCUUUUCUCCUAAUUGAUCUUUACACUUAGA